CGCUAGGAUUCUCCUCCUGAGAGGCCGCGCAGCUCCUGCCCGCAGUCGGGGAGCAACGCUGUGUCGGACGCCCGAGAUGUGGAAGCUGAGCCGAAGCCGGGUCCUGCUGGACGAGCCCCCCGAAGAGGAGGACGGGCUGCGUGGGGCGCCUGCGGCGCCAACAGCCGGCCCGGCACCGAUUCAGGGAGCAAGUUUCCGAGGCUGGAAAGAAGUAACUUCUCUGUUUAAUAAAGAUGAUGAACAACAUCUGCUGGAGGCAUGUAACUCUCCCAAGUCCAAAGGAGCUAAUCUACGAUUAAGAGAGUUGAAGGCAGAGAAGAAGUCUGGAUUUUGGGACAAUUUGGUUUCAAAACAGAAUAUCCAGUCUAAAAAACCAGAUGAGAUUGAAGGUUGGGAGCCUCCAAAACUUGCUCUUGAAGAUGCGGCAGCUGAUGCUGGGGACAGUAUAAGUGGCUGCCCAUCCUGGCCGGGCUGGGAGGAUGACACCAAGGGCUCCACCAAGUAUACCAGCCUGGCCAACUCAGCCAGCAGCUCCCGCUGGAGCCUCCGGUCAGCAGGGAAGCUGGUCAGCAUCAAGCGACAGAGCAAGGGCCACCUGACAGAUACCUCUGAGGAGGUGGAAUAAGCGGAGCUGUAUUGUGAUAUCACAUUGCUUUUAGGGUUUGCCAAGCCUGGUGGCCUUUUGCUAGUGCACCAUUAAUUUGUUGAGUCUUCCCACAUUCAAGAGUAGGAAUCCAUUGAGUGUCUGUGUUUCAUGCUCAAUGACCUACAUGCCCCAUGGCUCCCUGGUGACAUUUGGUUGCCUUAUUGCAAAAGCACCCACCCAUUGGGUGCAUGUCUGCUGAAAGGACAUGUGCAUUGUAGACACUGCCCCAUAAAAUAGAGUGAUAGUUUGCAGUCUCCUCAAAGUCUCAUGCCAGCCUCAGUCACUGUAGUUCUUAAGAACUUGCACAUCUUCUCCCUGCAUGUGACAUGAGUGCUGCUGUUAACUGUGAACAUGCCUCUGUGGCACCCUCUCUCUUUCCCAGAAUAUGAGCUGUGUCUUCCAAAGGUUACAUUUUCCUGCUUAACCUGCAAGUUAAUUUUUUUUCUUGUUAAAAAACAAGCAAUGCUGAAAGCAACUGAGGUGGUUUCAGGUAGAAUGUUAGGGCUUUGUGAGUGGUCCAUCUGUUGCCAAGGAGGAGCAACCUCCAGUGUGGCCUUUGGUGGCAACUGCUUAUUUUACAGAAUUUUAUUUUUACUUUUGAACUUUUAAAUGCUGAUUUUUAUUUUCCUCAAAAAAUUGUUUUUAAACUUACGGGUUAAAAAUACUCUAAAGUGAGGAUGAAUUUUAGUCACUUGAUAAUCUUAACUUUGUUCAGAAAACAUUAACUUGCUCAUCGUAGAGUUAAAAACUGUAUAUAAAAUACUCAAGUGCCUCUUUUGUAUUAUUCUCAGAUGUUUAAUUUUUCAAAAUGAGAUACUUUUGUGAUUGAUGUUAAAUCUCUAAGAAGUGUAUCUCCCUCACAAGCUCUGCCCUUCUCAAACUGCUAACUGCCUUGGGCCUUGAGAUCCUGGGCAGGGGGCACUCAGCAACAGGUGGUGUAGAUGUUUCUUCAGUAACAGUGCUUUGACAGAGGAGGUAUGUUUCUCUUUGUUUUGGUUAAAAAUAAAAAACCUGAAGUUACACUGUAUAGUCCUUGGGAAACAACCAAAACCUUGUCCUUGAGUUUUUCGGUAUAAACAUUGUGCUGUUUCGUGUAUCUGGAUGUCCCACUUAACAUUCUGUGGCACAACUGAAUGGCCUGAGAUAGUAUCAGGAACAUCUGUGUCUUUCAUAGAACAAGUUUGCAUCUGUCAUCUAUCAUUAUACAUUCAUCCAUCUGUCCACCCACCUCUCCACACAUUACUCUGUUCACCUAUCUACCUAGCUAUCUUUUAAAACUAUUUUACUUACUUAACCUUGAGAGGGAUUUACAAGGUGUUCAAAUAAAAAAUCAUUUGCACCUUGAAAUUGUGGGGAUUUUGUUUCAUAGUACAGAGGGAAGUUUACAAUUUUUACUAUAGCAUCCGAGUUAGAAAAUCAUAAAUAUCCUCAGGUAAACAGUUGUGUGCAGGAGCUCUAACUCUCUUGUCUUCCCUAAAAGGUGACUAUGGGGUGAGACAAAGGAGCAGGGGCCCAUGCAGAUGUUCACAGCAGGAACCCAUUUGUUUGUGUGGCUGAUGCUACCUGUGGCACAGGAAAAUAAACCCAGCCUUGAGAGUGUAGGAAACAAACUAGGACCCAUAGCCUCUGUUUUCACUGUGCCUGUGCUAAGUGCCUGUAGCUCACUGUGCUCAUGUGCCUGAAACACAACAGUGGUGUGUACUGACACAAGGUCCUUUACUUUGUCCUCUUGCAGAAGGUAAAGAUGCACUGUAAACCAGAUUUUUUAAUCUACAGAGAUUAAUUUAAAAAUGAUUUUUUUCUUCUGUUGUAUCUAAUUUAAAUAGAUUGUGUUCGGGUUUUUAGCAUAAAUAUUUAUUGGUAUGCUUUGGGGAGAAAAUGUCUUGAAAGAAGGACCUAAAGUGAAUUUGCUAUAUUCACAUGUAGAGAGGGUCUGAAGCUGUGAUUCUGGGGUUAAUAGUAAAAAGAUCUGUGCCUUGCACUGUAUUCUGUGGUUUUUAGCAGGAAUGUGAUUGGCUUUCAGGAAGGAGCAGAUUCCUCCUUUAAGCUGAGAAUUUAAAAAAAAAAAAAAAAAAUAGUAUUGUUCUAUCUUCUUGAUCAGUUAGAGCUAAUGGCACUUUCCUGACCUUGUGAACCUCAUUUUAAGAUGCAGAGAAUAGAAAUCUACCUUUUUAUAAAUAAACUAACAGUUCCAGCUGAUA